AUGAAAUGUAACUCCGACUGGACCGUCACGCAGCACGUGGAGAACAUGUGUAUGAUUCAAGAUGAAUUGACCGCUGUAAACGCAAGUGUUCGGGGCCCACUCUUUACACAGAUGAUAAUUCGAUCGUUGCGAGCGAAUUCGCGCUUCGAUCGUCUGAUAGGCAUGGUUGAGAUUGGUGACGACAAGUUUGAAACUCCUGACAAAUUGAAAGAACAACGACGUCGUAAACAUUUGGAGCGUGGUAUCACGAAGAAGAACCAAGUGGUUUAUCUGGAUUUACUUUAUCCCAAGUACAGCGCGAGCCUAAAACCAUACAAGACGGUGCUUGUUGUCGUGGGUGAAUAUUCACGUUUGGAAGGUGAAACGAUACAAGAUACCGGAGCAGGUGCAGACAAUCAAUCAGUUAGCGAAUUUUGCGACGCUGAUCGGGGAGAUUUGGUUAAUCCUAGUCUUGAAGACUGGUCACAGACAUCCGAUAAUAGUAGCAGCGAGAACGAAGAAACAGACGAUCCCCAGAUUGGACCCAGCAAGGGAUAUGACGCCUGUGAAAUUGACUGCAAUCUGCAAGAUGCAGUUCAUGAUGAUGAAGCAAAGUCUGGCACAGAGGUGACUGUACUCCCACGCGAUGGUGAGACGACGCGUGACUUUAACCCUGACCUGAUGGCUACAUGCAUGAAUUCUGAAAUUAUCACUGGCGAACGUAGAAAAGCACUGGACGCGGAUCUAGAAGAUGUCCAAGAGAUGAAAAGACGGCGAUAUAGCGAAGGCAGACCGCAGAAAAUGGUCUUGCGCCAAACUACAGAGAGACGAUACUUUUUGUGGCGUAAGGGAUAUCUUGUUAACGCUGCGAUCCAAGAAAACGGACAAAUCAUCACAAUGGAACGCAAAUGGCGGGCCAAUGAGACAAAGGUUCCAAGAAGCUUUACUGAAGCAAUGAAGACGCCACAGAAGACGAAUGGUAUGCUGGUAUGGAAAAAGAGGUGA